AUGAGUGAUGAAGUUACUGGUGGAUUAGGUGUCAUUACUAAUGACUUACCAGAAGGUAAUAAACAGGCGGGAGUAAAUAAUCACAAUGCACAUCAUGGAUACUGUAACUAUAUAAUUUAUUAUAGCGAAUUGAAUAAUGUUAGUUUUGAUAUUACAAAAUAUAAUCAUUACCAUCACAAAACUACAUUGCAAUUUUCUACUAUAAGGAUUGUUCAGACUCAAGCAUAA